AUGAAAAUUUAUAUUUUAAUAUUUUUGUUACAGGUGACACUAGUACCCGGGUCACUCCACCAAAAUUAUGACAACACUAUAGACUUGCCCUCCAAAGAGGAACUGGAGGCCAGAGCUACCAAACUCGAGGAGCGCCUGGAGAGAGUCGCCGCCCGAUUGAGAGCCGAACCCCGUAUAGACAUCCGCGAGUUGGCCACCCUUGCCCUGUACGACGUCGAACUCAGGGUUCUGUCGGUCGAACUCCACCUGGCGGUCACGGCCCGCGCGAUCCGGAUCCUCGAAGUCCUACUGAACGACCUGGAGAUCCGAGUGGACGCCGAGAUCAAGCGAUUGGUGCAACUGUUGGAUCCCACUCCCGCCCCGUCACCCACUAAAACACCCGCACCUACCUCGGUACCAACCAUAGUAACAGUAGCACCGACACCACCCACUACCCAGUCCCCUAUCACGACCCAAACCCCACUGGACAAGGUUGCCCUACUGAGAAUGGCGGCCGAACUCGAC